AUAAGGAUAAUAAUUCAGUUGACGCUCUUGGACUGCCUUAUCGGUGAAGUACGCGCACGUGACAAGUGCGGAAUGUACGCAACUAUAAUAUAAGAACGCGGACGCGUCUCUCAUUGAGAGACGUGCUCUGAUAGCGGCGAUAGUAUGCAUAAUAUGGAGUGUAUCGCGCGUCCGCCUAUAUACGCCCGCGCGUGCAUCGCGUCGCGCAGUCGGAGUCGAACGUCGUCCUGGUGCGCACCAGCACGUUGAGAGGGGAGGGACGUCGAUCUCAGGGCCCGUCAAUCGUGACGCGCCGACGUUGAGAGAGAGAGAGCGCGCGCGAUACAGCCGGUGCAGUCGCGCGUCAGCUGGGCGACGCCAGGCGACGCGGGUGAGACGCUGCACCGAUGUCUUCGUCGCGGCUCGGCGAGCACGACGCCGAUUACCAGCGAUUCGACGACGAGACCGAGACAAAUCAACCGCUCGACCAGGAGAUCACCAAUGGUUCGAGCCGACAAUAUGGCUCCAUACUGUCCUCGCCUUCGGAAAGUCACGUAAGGUCGUCAUUUGGCAAUGCUAAUAACACUAAUCAGCUGAAUUACAAGUACGAAGCAGGUGAAACAGAGACUGGUGGAAGUAUGACCGAGAACACAGUGUUCGCCGCGCGCGAUGCGAUUCUCGAUGUGGAUUUGCAUUGGGAAAUGAACUACCACGAAGCUGCAAUAUUUUUAGAGGAAGGUAGAAACAAUGAGAAAUUUGAUUCUCAUCCAAGGCACCCUGAAGAUCUACCGGCGUAUCUUUUAGUCCACAACAGUUGGUACAAUGGGUUGGAUUUACUGAUCUCAUUAAUCCUACUGUCUCUGGCAUUCGUAGAGGAGCCUGCCCUGCCACUAUUUAAAGUGCCAGUGUGGGUACACGGCUCGGUAGAAUUACUUGCAUUAAUUACUAUCGGUGUGCAGUUGGCUUUAAAGCUGAGAUGGACUGGCUGGGCACCCAUGUUAAGACACAAACGUACAAUGUUAAAGUGCAUCACAUUAGCAAUCAUGUUUCUCGAAGCUAUGACAAUUCUGGUACGGCAGUCGUCGCAUUUCCGCGUGACGCGCGCCCUAAGACCCAUCUUUCUGAUAGACACGAAAUACUGCGGCGGCGUAAGGAGAUUCGUAAGGCAGAUACUUCUCACGCUACCACCUAUCCUGGAUAUGCUGGGCCUGCUCUUUUUCCUGAUUAUUGUAUAUACUGUACUGGGCUAUUACAUGUUCAGCGAAAUGAACAGAAAUUUCUCCACGAUGCAAGAUAGCUUCGUCAGCCUGUUUGUUCUUCUUACCACCGCUAACUUUCCCGAUGUAAUGAUGCCAUCGUAUUCACAAAAUAAGUGGUACGCGAUAUACUUCGUAUCUUAUUUGUGCACCAUGCUGUACGUAAUGAUGAACUUAAUGCUGGCGGUGGUAAACGAGACGUUCACGUCUCGCGAGCGUGAUAAAUUCAAGAAGCUGUUCCUGCACAAGAGGAAAGCGUGUCAGCACGCUUUCAAACUUUUGGUUUCCAAGCAAGACCCCGAUAAGAUGCGAUUCCGCCAAUUCGACGGUUUGAUGCGCUAUUAUGCUCCGAAUAAAUCCACGCGUGACAUUGUUUUAAUGUUUUGUCAUAUGAAUGCAUCGGGAAGUGGCGCUUUAAAUUGCGAGGAAUUCUUGUCGAUUUACGACACCGAUACGCUUCAGUGGGACUUGCAAUACUCUAACAUACCAUGGUACCGCACCGCGUGGUGGCCCCUGCAAACAUUGUGCACAGGCGCCCAUACAGUUAUCAAGUGGUCGUAUUUCGAAACCUUGGUGUGUAUGAUUAUUAUCGGUAAUUGUAUCGCCAUGGUAGUAAGAAUUUUUGAACCGAAUAACAGCCUUGAGGAAUCGGCGCACAGAUUCGCGGCGUGUUGGGAUACUCUGCUGUUCGGGGGACUUUUCAUGGCCGAGGCAGUGUCAAAAAUAUUAGCUCUUGGUACUCGACGUUAUCUGAGCUCUGGAUGGAAUCUCUUUGAUUGGGGAACAUCAGUAAUGACUCUCGUCGCUGCGGGCGCUCUCACUUUAUUCCCAUCGGCUACAUUCCUAGUUCUGUUCCGGCCUCUCAGAACGUUGAGAUUGUUUAAGAUCAAGAAACGCUAUCGAGAUGUUUUCGGCACCCUCGUAAUUCUGUCUCCCCAAAUGUGCCAGACGGCGAUCGUCAUGCUGGUCUUGUAUUACUUCUUCGCGAUCAUCGGAAUGGAAAUGUUUGCCGGAUACGAUAUGCGCAAUUGCUGCAAGAAUACCACCGUUGAAGAUUUCUACGAGUAUUCCGUCAAUGGUAGCACAGCAUUGGGAUAUUACUAUCUUAACACUUUCGAUAAUCUCAUAGCGAGCGGCAUCACACUUUUCGAAUUAACAGUCGUUAAUAAUUGGUUUAUACAAAUGAAUGCAUACGCAUUUACCGCGGGCAUGUACACUAGGAUAUACUUUAUGAUAUUUUAUCUGGUGACGAUGAUCGUAUUGACUAUCGUGGUAUCCAGUUUCUUGGAAGCCUUUCGAUUUAGGAUACAAUAUAAAAAAUCCACUUCAAAACAUGACGAGGAAAAAAUGCUUCACGAAGAAGUGGAAUUAAAAUGGGAUGAACUACAGUGCAUGAUCGAAGAUUUUCAAACUCUGGAAAAUCUGCGCAACUCUUUAGUUGUCGGAGGAAGCACUCUAUUUAUCGGUUCACGGCCGCGAACGCGAGAGGUUUUACAGAGAAAGAUGUAUACGCAUGAAAUAAACGAAUGGAUAGCCGAAGCGAAGUCCGAGGAAAAACUUGUACCAAGUAUAAUACAGAACGUGGAGGACGGAAGCGGCGACGGUAUCUCUGAUUCCGAUCAUCUUGUAUUAAACGGCAAUUUGCGUCAUCAGCAAAACGAUAGUAUAUCUACUCGGUAAAAUCGGUGACAUGACUUAGACCGUAUUCUGAAAAUUAAUUUAUAUACUUCCUCGCUUACACUCGUGUAAGUGCAUUUAUCACAUAAUAACGUAGCUCGUUUAGACGAAUAUAUCUUGAUAGUAGAAAAAAUUAAUGUAUCAUAUGUUACAUUGAAAAACUUUUAGCGAUCGAUAGAGUUCUCGAAGAUACGUAAUUUAAUUACGUAAUUUUUAAUGAAAAAGAGAAUGACUUCCUUUAUAUACUUUGAUAUUGCAAACUAGUCAUGGAUAUUCCGAAAAAAUUUCAUUUUUAGAAAAUCAUUUUUUAAACUCACAUUGACGCAUGUUGCAGUUUCAUAGUGUAUAAUAAUUCAUGCGACAAAUAUUAAUAUACUUGACACUAAUUAUUAAGAAGUAUAUUAUAAAAAAAUAAUCUCGCGCGUACAUUCGGUCAUAUCAUUUUGAUAUCAUUUUGAUACGGACGAUAGGGAGUGCGUAAACUUCAUUAUUUUAUAGAUCGCAUUGUGAAAGGCUUAAUUCGAUUAAGUUAAAUCGUUAGGGCGGACUCGAGGAUCAGGGUGGGAUGCAGAGCAGGAUGAUUUUGCUUAUAUUUAUUUUUUCUUAUAAAUGUGACCGAAAUUUCAAUUUAUCGAAUUUAAUGUAUAAAAAAAAAGAGUUAAGCAAAUAUAUCCUUUCACCUCGAGUCAGUUCCGCGUAUCACGCAAAUAUGACGUACAGACAUAUCUAAUAUAAUGUUAUGUAUAAUUGUUAUUAGCGCGAAAGGUUUUAUUGUUAUUUUUCUAUUUUUAAUAAUGAUUCAUGUAUUUAUUUAACAAAUAUAUGCUUUAUUAUCUUUGUUAAGUGUA